GGGAGCCAGCCUUUCGGCAUCCCGUGGCAGCGGCCAGGCACCCAUGGCCCGGCACUGAUCCCCCUCGCUGCCCCAGGCGGUGGCCGCUCACCCAAGGAACUCACAGGAGCUCCGGGAAGAUGGGGUGCCUGCCCGCUGCCCCGCUCAGGACGUGGCUGGGGCUCGGGCUCUUCGCGCUGCUCUGCCUUGGUUUGGGCCAAGCGCGGGAGAAAAGAGUAGUCAAAAGCAAGGUGGGGGAAAAGGUCAGCCUGCCUUGUUGCCGUGAAAUUCCCCGCUCAGAAAGCCUACAGAAUUACCGGGCCUACUGGCAGAAGAACGUGACGGACGUGGUGCUGGCCUAUUCCGAUGGGGAGAGGAUCAGGAUUCACGAGCGGUACAGGAACCGCACAGAGAUGGACCCCUGGGACCUCAUCCUGUGGAUCUCCCCCGUGGAGAUCCUGGACAAUGGCACUUACCAGUGUGUAGUUCAGCACAACUCAGUUGUUGCGUGUGAUGAGCGUGUCACCCUCCUUGUUACAGCCGACUUCAGUGAGCCGAACAUAACAACAAAGGUGUCCACGAGUUCUUGCGAAUCGACUGAGAUGGUGAUAGUAUGCUCUUCUCACGGAGGUUUCCCCAAACCCAAAAUCUCUGGAGCCCUCAACAAUGUGCCUGUGGAGUGGAAUGCCAGCUGGGUGUCCGAGUUCAGCCUGUACAACGUCACUGGCACGCUGGUGCUCAACAUGACCAGCGACGUCAACGUAACCUGCUCCGUUGAAUACGACAGCUUGGCCAAGUCCAGCAGUUUGCUUCUGAAGAAAACAAAUGACUGUGUUGUUCCUCCUGUGCCUCCAUCUUAUAAUGUCAUUACUGCUUCAAGUAUCGUUCUUAUCAUCUUCAUUUUGGCAAUCAUCCUAGCAACAAGAUACCUCCCAAGGCGUGUUUGUCCUCACUGUUGUAAGCCCCAGGAUCUGGUGGAAGAGGAUAUGAAGGAAGGUACGAAGCCACCUGUGAGCUCUAAAGUGACAUCUGAAACAUCAUCUGUAUGACCAGAUUGCAUUUGCAGGUUUCUUAUCCUGCGCAUUCCGCACUGCAAGACUCCCCUGUUCGUUGUACAGCAAUGCUUAUGGCGUUGACCCUCUGGCUCUCUGCAAGGGGAUGGCAGCAGUAGAAAACUCUGCUCAAGACGACUGACAGCAUCAUCUCAUGGGAAUGAAGACAAACAGCAGCUGUGGGGUGGUCUCGUUACAACGGGGUCACUGGAAUCCCCGCCUGGGAGGACCCUCUGUGUCAUCACCUUCAAGGCUUUGGGAACCUGUGGCUUCGACACUGCUUCUGUGGGAACCAGGGGCCUGCAGAGGCCUGGCAGGCAGCCCAUGCCCACUCACCCCUUUAGCAGCACAGAGCUGCCCUUUGGAACCCCCCAGACCCAGACACACAAGCUCAAGUCAGGCUGUGCCUCCACGUUGCAACUGGGAGAAGCUAAAACUUCUUUUAUGUUCAGCCUCACGAGAGUGUCUGUUCUUCAUGCUGGAGGACUUUGGAUUUGGACCUGACCAUGGCAGAUGUAUGUCCCCUCCCCCCUAAAGAGGCAAUAAUGCACAUUUUUCAUGAAAAAAAAAAUUCACCUUGGAAGUGAGUCUAUCUGCCUCAUGCUUAUUUGCAGACUUUUUAGGGAACGAUACACACUGACAGCACAGCUAACAGCCAACUAAUAUUCCUUAUCCACAGCAGUGGCACAAGUUCUCAUAGCCUUUCUCUCCUGACAGGCUGACCUUGCCAACACAGCCACUCCAUUAAAUUGCUGUGUGAGGGCCCACCUUUGUGCAUACAAAUGUACAAGCUUUUAUGUGCAUUCCUUCCUACCCAACCUGUAAAGCCCCACUGAAAUUUGUGUUAAAGUCAGUGGUUAUCAUCUCCCAUAUCUACUGUAAUGAAACGUAACUCAGGGCCUUGCUUCAUAAACAUAGGUCUGCUUGUGCUUGUACAUCUGCCCAGGGAUACUUGUUAGGGUAGGCUCUGCAGAUUCUUGGGAGUCUCUCACAGCAACCUUAAGGACUUACUUUGCACUGAAUGUUGCUGCUUUCUGCAAGUGUUCUCUCUACCCAGGCAGGACUUGAAGGAUUUUCCCUACAGGAUGCUAAUACUGGAUAGGGCUCAUCUGAUCUGGGUGAUAUUCUUGCCUACUGUGUAGGAAAAUGUGGUUUCUCAUUUUGAGGGGAAAGGAGGAAAAAGCCCCAAUAAGCUUUCUAAGCAACUCUGCAUACUAACCUAACUCAACCCUGCCCUGAGUUUUACAGGAAUGUUUUUCCCUUUUGCUCUGCAAGCUGUACCCAUUCCCUUAGUGCUCUAACCAUGUUAUCAGGGCAGACCAAAGUCUGAAAGCACCAUGCCAUCCUCCAUGUGGGAUGUGUUGUUGCCUGAGCUGUUUACUUUCCUAGGACACAGCAAGGACAUGUUCCAUCCAUUUCACUUUUUUUCUAGAAGGUACCUAUUGUGAGAGAAACUGCUGGAGAAAAUAGGAAGAUUAAAAGUGGUUUAUGGAGUAUUGAGCUAUGGGAUCAAGUCAUUAGUAAAAAAUAAGACACUGCUCCCCUUCUACUCCUGCAGAGUUGUUUUAUCCCAUCUUUUUUUUUUUUUUACCACUUUCUCAUUGUACAAAGUUAAAUGGGAACUUCAGAACAUUCUUACAGAGGAGUUUCUGACAGAGAAAAGGAGGUAAGCUGGGUGAUAGGGAAGCAAUACUCUGCUCUUGUGUGUUUUCGUUGCAAACAGAACAUAAGUGACAGAAAUCAGUGUUUCCAAAAGGCAGCCUGACCCUACUGCAGGACUUGGUGUAUGGGCAAUGGUGUCUCACACUUUUCAGUUUUCCUCUUCUUUCAGCCUGUUCUUGUUCCUUCCAGCACAAACUACCAACUUCUUGCAGGCCGACCACCUCUUUUGGCAUUCACUUCCACCUCUGCAUUUCCAGCACCAUCCUUCCCUAGAACCACCAUGCAAUUCCACCUUACCAGCCACACCACAGCUCUGACAGUUGUACCAGCACAUUUUCCCUGACUAUCCCCUUUUCCACUUCUGCUCCUGACUGAUGACUGUGCAGCCUCCUGGAGAAAGGCUUGUCUUUUGCACUGUGCUAAACCUUUCUACAUCACCACAGGCUCCAGUGACACUUUUGAUAACUCCUUCUAAAGGAAACCAAGUUUCACUGACAAAUAUGUCCACCACCAGGUUAUUUUUACAGUCUUGAUGGGCAGGAUGUUUAUUUUGGUUUAUUUUUCCUUAAGCACUAAUAGUCUGAGUCAUGUUUUCUUAUGCUGUAUUCAGUGAAUUGCACACAAAUGGUUUCUGUGAGACCUUCUCAGCUUAAUAUCUGGGUCAUUGUAGCAGGUGAGCUGCUCUGUUUAUCAUGGGGGUUUUAUAUAACAUUUUUUUCCCUGGGGUUCCUCCUUUAAUUGUAUUAAAAAAUUAAUUGUAAACUCAGUUUCCUUUCCUCAGUAAUAAAAGAUGUCUAUCCAUGU